AUGGAUCAUUUAAAUAUGAAAGAUUUGGCUAAUUUUUCGCUUUACUUUUUGAAAAAUUUUUCUUUAUAUAAGACAUUUGAAGAAUUAAGAAAUAAAUAUAACUUAGAAAAUGGAAAUGAAUUAAAUGAUAAUGAAAAUAAAUAUACAGUAAUUGCUUUGGAAGAAGGAAAUUUUAAGUCGAUGAUUUCUACAUUUAAUACAAUGUGUAAAGGAAAUUUAUAUAGUUUAAUGGGCUAUCAAAAUGGUAUUGCUGGAAUUAAUGCCAAACAUAAUGAAAUAUUCGACUUAAUGCAAAUGUUAUAUGAUUUUGAUGAAAAUUUUAAUAAUAUUAAAAAUUAUGGUGUAAAUAAUAACAAUGAUAUAUACAAUAAAUAUGAUUGUACGAAUGUUAGGAAAAUUUUUGAAUUGUAUGAUCACUUUAUAAAAAAUUACGAUUUCAGUGGUAAAUAUAGUAAGUACGCUAGUAAUAUUCAAUUUUUUCUUAAUGAAUAUAUGAAAAAUAAACUAUAUAAUAUAAAAUGUGUUAAUGAAAUAGGACAAUUAAAAAGCAUAGCUAGUCAGUUGCAACAUAAAGAUUCUCGUUCUAAUGCAUUGUUUCUUGAAAUUAAAAAGAAUAAUGAUAUGGUUGUACGUAGUUCUGAACUGGUGCUAGAGGGUUAUAGUAGAAUAGUACCUACAAUUGCGAUGGGAGUUUUUGUUUUCAUGUUCCGAUUAUUCCUCCUUUUGUUUACUUUGUAUAAGGUUAAUACAUAUAUUUUUUUAAAAUCCUUUAUUCUUGAACAGUUUUUUAUUCCAUAUUUAUAA